GCUGGUGUCGCCUCCAGGAUCCGUAGAUCGCCGUCUCUGGAUCACCGUCGAGGAACCGGACACCCCCCCGCGAACUACCUGUCGCCGCGCGUGCAGUUACCAUCCUCGAAAACGAGCAACAUGACGACGACCACGGGCGACCCGUCGACGCUGAAGAGUCCAGCGUCGCUAUCCGGCGGCGACUUGGUCUCCCGUCUAUUGGCGGCGACUCCGCCGUAUUUGUACAACGUCCCGUUGACGCCUCACAGCUUCUUCUUCAGCGAGAUGCUACGGUCGUUCGUGCAAGCGAAGACGGAAGCGUCGACGACGGGGACGACGACCAGCGCGCCUAGGCGUCGCAAGAGGAGCUGGCGGGACGCGCGGGAUCGUCCGUUGGAGCUGACCACGAAAGAGAGACACCACCAUCAUCAUCAUCAUCAUCAACAGCAGGAGAAGUAUUUUCACUCGCAGCAGCAGCAUCAACAACAGCAACAGCAGCAGCAACAACAGCAAACGGAAACGCGGCUGGAGAACAGGGGCAAACAGAACGAGGGCUACGAUACCGAGAGCAAAGUGGGGAACUACGAGCAGAAACCGAGCUUCGGCGGCGACAUACUGAAACCCGUGGACGAGAACAAGCCGGAUUUCAGUAAACAGAGCAGAAAUUACUUCGACGAGCGACCGCGUCAAUUCGAGCAAGCGCAGCCGCCGGAGAACAUCUUCUCCAGCGAGUUGCAAAAGGUGAAACCGGAAGAGACGCAUUCCGGCGAGCGCAAGAAUUGCAGCUACAACGACAGAAGCCCCUACGACGAGCGCACGAAGGCCGCGAUCGGGGGCCAGGAACUGCCUCCGCUUUCCGACCAGAAGAAGCUAGACUUCUCCAGGAACUUUCUUCCCGGUCUUCCAGGAAGGGGUUGCGACAUGCUGCAAGGCGUAAAAGGUUUCGGUCUGCCCGGAAACGUGACGAACUCGGAGUUCCUUCCUAGCCCGCUUUGGUACCCGCCGUACCCGAUGCCCCAAUCCUAUCCCGGCAUCGACCCCCUCCACUUCUUCAUCGACCUUCGCGUGUCGGGACACAUAUGGGACCGGAAGCUCAGCGAGAGGCAGCUACCGUUCAAAGGCAAGCACUGUUCGGCGUUCAGCGUGCCGCAAUCGAAGGAAUACAACAGUAACAGGCCGUUGAAUCUGACUAGGGACGAAGCUAGCACGUCCAAGGGCAUGGAGGAGAACUCGCACGGCACUAAUUACAUCCUCAGACACCUGACCAGGACGUACAGAAACAUAAACCAGGCGCAGAACGUGUCGAGAAGCGAAACGUCGACGACAGAGAGCGAGGAGAGUCCGAAAGAUGUUGAUAACGCAAGCGAAAGAUUUCCGAAAUCGGAAAACACCGCUACCACGUCCACAAGCCAGGAAGAAGGAAGGAAGGAUCUUCGAGCACUGAUUGGCCUAGAGUUGGUCGUCGACUACGUGAAAGAACCGAAGAGGGAUCCUACGAACGAGCAGACUUCGCAAGUAACCGAAUAACUCGUGAAAAUCGAACGAUUCUCUUCCGUUCUCACUUGUAUAAAUAGGUGUAGCUACGACUUCACUCGACCACGUCAUUCGCGAUAAUAUAGGAAGCUCCGAACGUUAUCGUAUCGUUAUCAAAACGAUCGAAUCUGCUAUUCCGUUUUAUAAUAUACGACAUCGACGAAUGAUAAUAGUCAAAGAAAAUUGUCUACCUUUGCUGUUUUCGAAGAUGUUCUUCGAUUCACCUUGUUCGAUCUUCUUUCCUCCUUACGUUCAUCGUAUUGAACGCAUUUUCGGAGUUUAUGGUCGUGUCGACGAAAGAAAGCUGUUGGAAGAUGUUUCGGAAGAAAUUCUCGCCUACCUUAUUCCCAUCGUCUUGGAAGCUUGCAACAAGGCACAGUAUUGCCUCUCUAAUUGAUCACCGGAACGAAUACGAUUCUGAUCAGUUAUCGAGGGUAGAAACGAUCUUUCUCCAGGAGCCGAUCGUUUUCAUUCUAAACAUUUUAGUUUAGAUUCUGAGCAUCUCGAACACUUAUAAAUACGAAUUAAACUUUUUUGAUACAGUGACUUAUCUUAUGUGUUUUAAACAGCAGUGGCCUAAUUUGUCCGUUCCAAGUAAGAGAU